CCGAGGCGCUUGAGGAGUCCACCUCUGCAGCCGGGCAGCGCGAAGAGUGGACGGGUUCCGAGGAGCCAGCGGAACCUGAGGCGCCUGCGGAGUCUCUUCCUCCAGUCCGGCGGCGCGGGAGGCCGAGAAAGGCGGCGCCGGCGGAGCCCGAGGCGCUUGAGGAGUCCACCUCUGCAGCCGGGCAGCGCGAAGAGUGGACGGGUUCCGAGGAGCCAGCGGAGCCUGAGGCGCCUGCGGAGUCCUUCCUCCAGUCCGGCGGCGCGGGAGGCCAAGAAAGGUGGCGGUUUCCAUAUAAACUGAGUAGUUUAUGUGGUUCCGCAUUGGCCUUCGGCUGGUGCAUGUAUGUGGUUCCCGAGUAUUGCUCCUUCAAUUUUUGUUUGGCUGUGCCAGUUUUUUUUGUGUGCCUUUGA